CACACACACACACACACACACACACACAGAGACACACAAUAGGCUCCACAGUGCAGACACUGGUGCAGUGUGUGCAGACACAACGAUGGAGGAAGGACCUUACAAGUACAUCAGGGAAGGAAACGGCAAGGUUAGUCGUGUGAUCAGGAUCGGAACCCGCAAGAGCCAGCUCGCUCGCAUCCAGACAGACAGCGUGGCUGAGAAGUUGAAGGAGCUCUACCCUGAGGUGCACCUAGAGAUAGUUGCCAUGUCAACAACAGGAGAUAAGAUUCUGGACACGGCUUUAUCCAAGAUUGGUGAGAAGAGUUUGUUCACCAAAGAGUUGGAGAACGCUCUGGAGAGGAACGACGUGGAAACCUGAACACCCGUCUGAAAAAACUGGAUGAAAAGCAGGACUUUGCUGCCAUCAUCCUGGCUGCUGCAGGCCUGAAACGCAUGGGCUGGGAGAACCGAAUCAGCAUGAUCCUGGAGCCUGAAGACUGUAUGUAUGCUGUCGGACAGGGGGCUUUAGCUGUGGAGGUCCGAGCCAAAGAUGCAGACAUACUGGAGAUGGUGUCCGUCCUCCAUGACCCUGAUACUGUGCUGCGCUGCAUCGCUGAGAGAGCCUUCCUCAGACAGCUGGAGGGGGGCUGCAGUGUCCCGGUGGCUGUGCACACCCAGGUGAAAGACUCACAGCUCUACCUGACCGGGGCUGUGUACAGCUUAGAUGGAUCAGACAGUCUGAAGGAAACCAUGCAGACCAGCGUGGUUGCUGGUGACAAGAGUUUGGACAAAGUGGACGAGCAGGUUCAGCGGGUGGGCGUCACAGCCAGUAAGAUCCCAGACGAUGUCCUGGACCGGGCGGAGCAGCUGGGCGUCGGCCUGGCCCACUUACUGCUGAGCAAAGGAGCCAAGGAGAUCCUGACGGUGGCCAGACAACUGAACGACGCCAGAUAAUCUGCCCGACUUUUAAGGCUCCAUCUUUGUUUCUAACGUUUGCUCGUCCUCUGAGGUCGACUUGAUUAAAUUAAACUGUGUCUUGCUCCAGAAGAGAAUUAUUAAAAGUACUUGAAGAAAACUUGUGCUCAGACAUCCCUCCUGACUGUGGGUCUGUGGGAGGAUGGGCACUCUCAGCAGCGUCAUCGUGUUCAAACCAUCAACCAAAAUAAACAUGUUUCCUCCCAGCAGCUAAAA